AUGGCUGAAGCAACAGUGCCUACGUAUACCAUCAUCCAAGCCGAUGGCUUGUACCCAGACGAUUCAAUAGAGCAAGAAAUCUUCGCCCCGCGAAACGGUCAGAACUACAAGCUCGACUUCCUCUCCACGAGCCUAUGGCCCACAGGCACGCCCGAGUCGAAGCCGUGGUCCGAUAUACCCGAAGACGUAAGAAGCAGAAUAGACGGCAUCAUGGUGCUCAAGAUUGGCUUUACGGAGCAAGAUGUGGAACUCUUCCCCAAUCUGAAGGUCAUUGUACGCAUGGGCGUUGGAUACGAUCGCCUUGAUCGGGUUGCGUUGGCCAAAAAGAACGUCACGGUUUGCAAUGUGCCUGACUAUGGCACGGCUGAGAUCGCGGACCAUGCAAUUGGAUUGAUGCUGGCCAUGCGGCGUGGGAUUCUCAUACACAACGAGCGUCAACGUGCCACGCCUCCUGCACCUUGGAUGCCGAUUGAAACUCCUCUCCUCGCUCGCUUGCAAAGAUCUACGUACGGAGUGCUGGGUCUGGGCCGCAUUGGCACCGCAGCUGCUUUACGGGCAAAGGCAUUCGGCUUUAAAGUGCUUUUCUACGAUCCUUACCUGGGGAACGGAGUAGACAAAUCCUUGGACAUCGAAAGAACCAAGGAUAUCAAGGAGCUGUUUCAAAGGAGCUCAGUGCUGAGCUUUCACUGCCCUUGUACCCGCGAAACCAGGGGCAUGAUCGACUACUCCCUCCUAUCACUGUUGCCGAAAGGUGCCGUUAUAGUUAACACAGCCCGAGGAGAAAUCUUGAAUCUGGAUGGUGUCGAGAGAUGUCUGAAAGAAGACAUCAUUGCAGGAGCGGCUCUGGACGUUUUACCGGAAGAGCCCAUACCCGAGGAUCGAGUACAUCCUCUUAUACAAGCGUAUCGUAACAAGGAGCCGUGGCUGGAAGGGAGAAUGGUUCUGACUUGUCACACCGCUUUCUACAGCCCAGAAAGCUUUGUCGAUAUCAGGGUCAAGAGCUGUGAAACAAUGCGAGAUGUUCUCAUUGACUGGGGGAACAGCAAUAUUAUUACGCCAGACAUGGAGUAA